AUGUCCGCCUCCACAACAUCACAGGCGAAGCCUACAGUGCCAAUUGCACUUUCUGCAGAGGCAGUUGACGACUUGAUCUAUGACGCCCGAGCAGGCGACCUCGAGGCCCUUAAUGAAGACAUCGCCAACCUCGCCAGCCAACACAGCUGCAACGAGUCCCAGAUCGUGGCAUCUGCCAUCGAUAGGACAGACGAGAGCGAAGGUGGCUCUGGAUCUUGUGUUCUGCACUUCCCUGCUGCGAAUGGAAACUCUGAUAUCCUCAAGGCUCUCCUCCACAAGCUGUCAUCCGCAGACGCAGCCCAGCGUGCCGCGUUCGUGAACCACCGCAACAACUCCGGCAACACACCUCUCCACUGGGCUGCGCUUAACGCGCACCUCGAGUGCGUUAAGGCGCUUGUCGAAGCUGGCGCAGAUCUUGAUGUUAAGAACGAUGCUGGCCAUGACGCUGUGUUCCUUGCCGAGCGGACAGCGUGGGCUGCGGUGGAGGGCGACGAGGACGUUGAGGGUGCGGAGGGUGAUGAUGCUCAGACUCAGGAGAUUGAGAUGACCAUUGGUGAGAACGAGGGCGAGGAGAAGUCUGAGGGUGCUGGUGAGAUGUCUGCGGGCAGACAGGUUGUCGAGUGGCUCCUGGCUUCAGAUGUUGGUGCGAGUUUGGAGAAGGGGGCUACAGAGGGCGAGGCUAGUGGAUCUGCUUGA